ACAUGUCCUCUCUGGUGUGUUUGAAUGUGCAUUGAACGGGUCAGUCUCCGGACAUGAAGCUGCUCUUCAGCUGCUCCCUCCUCCUCUUCAUCACCGCCGCGUGCCUCUGCGGCUCUGCAGCCACCCGGAAACUCAGAGGCAUCUCGUCCUCCUAUAAGCGUUUCUACAGGGAGCGAAGGUCCUUCCUGUGCAUCGAUGGCUCCAGAGUGAUCCCCUUUGAGCAGGUCAACGACGACUACUGCGACUGUGAGGACGGCUCCGACGAGCCAGGAACCUCUGCCUGUCCGCGGGGGCGCUUCUACUGCACCAACCUGGGUUUCCGCCCACACUACAUCCCAUCAUCACGAGUCAACGAUGGCAUCUGCGACUGCUGCGAUGCUUCAGAUGAAUACAAUAGCCACGCUCGCUGCCAGAACUCCUGCUGGAAUCUGGGUCAGAGGGAGCGGGCGUACGUGGAGGGCCAGAUGAGGACGCUGGACGAGGGUCUGCAGCUGAAGCAGCAGCUCAUCGAGGAGGGGGUCCUGCUGUGGAGGGAGAAACAGGCGCAGCUGAGGGAGCUGCAGCAGGUGGCAGAAGACCUGCAGAUCAAACUGGAGGAGCACAGGAGGAGGAAGCAGGAGGCGGAGCAGACCCUGAAGGCUCUGGAGGCAGGAGACACCAGGGUCAGAGGUCAGAACAGUUCAGAGAGCACCUUCCGACUGCUGGACAGCAACAAGGAUGGCAGUCUGUCAGUGGAGGAGCUGCAGGAGAAGCUGGUCCUGGUGCAGGAAGAGGAGCUGCUCCUCUCUGAGGAAGAGGCUGUGGCUCUGAUGGGAGGGGGCCGUCAGAUGGACCUGCCCAUGUUCCAGCACUCUCUGUGGGACGUCCUAAAUACAGAGAACAGGGUGAAGAUCAGAGGCAUUGUGGAUGCUGAGGAUCCUCACCUGAAGGCUGCAGACACAGCUGCAGAGCGGGAGGCGUCCAGUCUGAAGAAGGUGGAGGAGGCGUAUGACACCAUCAACAUGGAGAUCAGUGAUCUUCGGAAGAAGCUGGCCAUUGACUACGGUACAGACUGGGAGUUCCUGUUUCUGAACAGCCAGUGUUACCAGCUUAACGUUUAUGAGUACACCUACAAUCUGUGUCCGUUCAAUCAGGUCACUCAGAAGAGCACCGCGGGGACCGAGGUCUCGUUAGGGAGGUGGGGGAUGUGGGCGGGGACUCCGAAGAACCCGUACAGUCAGAUGGUGUAUGAGAACGGAGAACCCUGCUGGCAAGGAGGCUCCCGCAGUACUACAGUCACACUGACAUGCGGGACGGAGACAGCGCUGUGCGGGGUGAAGGAGCCUAGCAAAUGCCAGUACAUCAUAGACUUCCAGACUCCUGUGGCCUGUCAGCCAGUGCUGAAGCAGCGGGGCAUCCACAGUGAACUGUGACCCUCGGCCUGCAUGUGCCCCCCCGGCUAGCCCGCGGUGACAGUCCAGGGUCCUAAGGGCCCCCGCUGACAUCAGUGCUGUCAGAAAUUGUAUUCUUCCAACAAGCUCGCUGUAGUUAGAAUAUGAUGAUCAGGUUUCAUUCAUUGUUACAGCUUUACAUUGUAUUAGAAUAGAGCAUUUAUUAAUUAAAAACAGUAAAAUCCUCCUGUGGGUUGACAAUUACAAGAUUACAAUGUAAAUAAUUACAUAAAUGAUGUGAAGCUACAUUUAUUGCAAGGCCCAAUUACAUUGCCACCAAUAACCAUUUUAUCUAUCCCCGCCCCUUUCCCCACUUCCUGUUAAAAAUGAGAUGUCUUUGUUCUUCCGGUUUAGCAGCAUUGUAAAAAAUGAAUUUAAGUUGAGAUAAUUUACAGCUACACGGCGGUGAUCGGAUGGUUUUACAGCAUCAAUCCUCUGUUAGUGACUGUCAGAUGACAUACGAAAAUGGCCCCAAAUUGUAUACAAUUUGAAUAACUCUGUCGUGUCUAUGAGGACAAGUACCAAAGCAUAUCUGCCGGUCAGACUGCAUACUAAAGCUGAUGUGGACAGUUUAUAAACUCUCACUGCCAGAAGGGUAGACAAGGUUCACAGUGUGUUGACAUUUAUAGAAACAAGAUAACAAGCAAAUGUUAGCUUUUUAGCGAGCGUGAAAGUUAGGGUUUUUGCUAGCAACCCGCUCUUUAUCUAUCUAUCUAUCUAUCUAUCCAUCCAUCCAUCUAUCCAGAUGGAUAGAUAGGUAGCUGGAUAUCCAUCUAUCCAGAUGGAUAGAUAGGUAGCUAGGUAGAUGGAUAGAUAGAUGGAUAGAUGUUAUCCAGCUAUCCAUCUAUCCAGCUACCUAGCGAGCUUUUGCUAAAUUGGUGGCUCUCCUAAUUGAAAUGGGAAUUUUUAUUAAACAUCCAUCAGGUUAAACUUACAGUUUAACCGUCUACCGCUCAGGCAGUGAGAGUAAUUAUAUAUAAAAACAUUGUUGACGUUUUCAUUGUUGACGUUUUCUUUUUAAGAACCAAACAAAGCUUGCUGUACAUUCUCAAUUAUAUGUUUUUUGCAUUACGUAAUCACAUAUUGCUAAUCAAAAUAGUUAGUGUCAAGCCUGAAAAACGUUUAUAACUUAAUAACAGUUGAUUCAAAAGCUGCUAUUAGCAAUUAAGCUUUAACCCGGAAGUAACCAGACAUUAUACAGGGUAAGGUGAAUAACUGCUGUAUCGGUUCACUUAUGUUAAGUUAAAAUGGCAGGUUAAAGAAAACCAGCAAUAAUCUUAGGGACAUAUUCCGACCAUCAGGAAAAAAGCAAUAAAUAUCUUCACAUAAAAUAAAAUGCACUCCCUGCACUUCCUUCGUGCCAUGCAUGGAGAUUUAUUUGUCUGGGAGAUUAUACCAAAAGACAGAAUUGAGGUGAUCCAUAAUCUGCAGCCUUCACAUUAUGCAACUCAAAUGUUCUUGAUAAUGAUACAAAAAGCAAAACCCCUGCCUAUUGCCACUUUAACUCUAAAAGGAGAAAUUGUGUGUGAUAUUAAAUAUUUGUCCAAUUGUCCCAUGACAAAUCAAACCAGCAAAGAUGCUAGAUGCUCUCUUUAGCUUAGCAUAGAGCCACACGUUCUUUUUCAUGAUGCACAUGAGCGAUUUAUUUUAGCAUCUAACAUUCUUUUUCACCAAAUGUGUAUUAAUCUGUAGAUGAAAGUAGUCUUCAACAAAUGCACUAUACUAGCAAAUGCCAGUUUGUGUUACUAAAAGCUGCAGCUGUGACUUAGUAAGCCUCUUUUCAAAAUAUAACUUCAUAUUUUCAACUGUUUUUGACAGAUUAACAUCAUCAGAAAUAACAAAUAAUAUCUCUUAGAAAAGUGAAAUAGUAUUGAGAAAACCGAAACAAUUUGUUGGCUUUAGUCUUUGCUUGUUGACACGGGAACAAUACAAAAAGAGGUGCACCAAUGUAACUGCUGUAUUAAAUAACUGCUCAUCAUAAGCACAAAUAAAGUACUUCAUAUUUUGGUAUAAUCAUA